AAAAAUUACAAUCAUCUUUGUUCGAGUCCGGGAAACUUCUUGUAGGUGAACUUUCCCAAAAAGAAAGAGCGCCUACACCAAAAGCUCACCGCCUCCGCCGUCCUUUCCUAGGGUUUUGGCGGCCUCUAUCCGCGACCAGAACCAAAAACACUGCCUCUUAUUCAUCACACCUCAAUCUUCAGCUCUUGAUUUUCUGAAUGGCUAAAUCAUCGAAUCCGGAAGGGAAGGCGGGGGUUCGUAUCGUGGUGGCCGGUGAUCGAGGCACUGGAAAGUCUAGCUUGAUUGUGACAGCCGCCGCCGAAACUUUCCCAACGAAUGUGUCUCGGUUGUUGCCGCCCACGAGGUUGCCGGAAGAUUUCUAUCCUGACCGUGUUCCAAUCACCAUCAUCGACACCUCCUCCAAUCCGGAGGAUAGAGGUAAACUAGCAGAAGAGCUGAAGCGAGCUGAUGCUGUUGUGCUUACUUAUGCCUGUGAUCAGCCUGAAACUCUUAACCGAUUGAGUACUUUCUGGCUUCCGGAACUUCGUCAAUUAGAGGUGAAGGUGCCUGUAAUUGUAGUAGGCUGUAAGCUGGAUUUAAGAGAUGACCACCAACAAGUGAGCUUGGAACAGGUGAUGUCACCAAUAAUGCAGCAGUUUCGGGAGAUUGAAACUUGUAUUGAGUGUUCAGCAUAUAAACAUAUUCAGAUCCCUGAAGUUUUCUACUACGCGCAAAAGGCAGUGCUUCAUCCAACAGGCCCUUUAUUUGAUCAAGAAACACAAACUCUGAAGCCACAGUGUGUUAGAGCCUUGAAGCGAAUUUUUAUUCUUUGUGAUCAUGACAGGGAUGGUGCUCUUAGCGACGCAGAAUUGAACAAUUUUCAGGUCAAAUGUUUCAAUGCUCCAUUACAACCUUCGGAAAUAGUUGGUGUGAAACGUGUUGUGCAGGAUAAGUUGAUUGAAGGAGUCAAUGAUCGUGGUCUCACGUUGACUGGUUUUCUUUUUCUUCAUGCCCUAUUCAUAGAGAAAGGACGCCUUGAGACAACAUGGACUGUCUUGAGGAAAUUUGGAUAUAACAAUGAUAUCAAACUUUCAGAUGAUCUAAUUCCAUAUGCUUCAUUUAAACGUGCUCCUGAUCAGAGUGUGGAGCUGACAAAUGAAGCUAUUGAGUUCCUGAAGGGAGUUUAUGAAUUGUUUGACAGUGACUUAGACAAUAACCUUCGACCUAUUGAAGUCGAGGAUGUUUUUUCAACUGCUCCAGAGAAUCCUUGGAAUGAUGCUCCAUAUAAGGAUGCUGCAGGAAGAACUGCUCUAGGAGGGCUAUCACUUGAUGCAUUUCUUUCAGAGUGGGCGCUUAUGACACUCUUAGAUCCAGCUCGUAGCUUAGAGAACUUGAUAUACAUUGGAUAUCCUGGUGAUCCUUCCUCUGCCAUCCGUGUGACCAGGAGAAGGCGUCUGGACCGAAAGAAGCAACAAUCAGAAAGAACUGUUUUGCAUUGCUUUGUUUUUGGUCCAGCAAAUGCUGGGAAAUCUGCAUUAAUUAAUUCUUUUCUUGGCAGGCCCUAUUCCGAUUCAUAUUCCCCAACUACUGAUGAGCAAUAUGCUGUGAAUGUUGCGGAACUACCUGGGGGAAUAAAGAAAACUCUAGUGUUGCGAGAAAUCCCUGAAGAUGGAGUUGCAAAACUGCUGUCUAGUAAAGAGUCACUGGCUGCCUGUGACAUAGCAGUAUUUGUUUAUGACAGUUCUGACGAGUCUUCAUGGAAGAGAACAACUGAAUUGCUUAUGGAUGUUGCUGGUCAUGGUGAAGACACUGGCUAUGAGGUGCCUUGCCUCAUUGUUGCUGCUAAAGAUGAUCUGGAUUCAUUUCCAAUGGCAAUACAGAAUUCUACCAGGGUCAGCCAGGAUAUGGGGAUAGAGGCACCUAUACCUAUCAGCUCAAAAUUGAGUGAUUUCAAUAACAUAUUCCGAAGGAUAGUAAAUGCAGCUGAACAUCCUCAUUUGAGCAUUCCUGAAACUGAGGCUGGUAGAAGUCGGAAGCAGUACCAUCGGCUCAUAAACCGAUCACUCAUGUUUGUUUCAGUCGGAGCUGCUGUAGCCAUUGUUGGAUUUGCAGCUUACCGCAUAUAUGCUGCUAGGAAGAAUGCCUCGAGUUGAGGGACGAUGACUCUCCCAUCUCCAAGACAUGGAUAUGGUAAUCUUAGAAACAAUUUUGCAUGCUUCAUCAAAUUUCUGUAGUUCACUUUUAUGGGUUAUAUUCAAAAUCCUUGUGUAGGGAAAAAAUUUGCAAAAUGCUACUCCCCUGUUUAGUUGUGGAAUUGUUUGAUGUGUAGAAUAUCAAGAGAAAAAAAUGAGUGGAACUGAGUUAUUGUGAAAUAAAAGUUUUUUCUAUACAUUUUGAACCAAUGCUUGUUGC